GUCCAGUACUCCCUGGUUUUCGAUGGUUGUUUAACUGAUAUCAAUCCUUGAUCAACUCUCUAAAACAAAACUAACCCUUACAAACGAACUAUAAACAAUCUUGUUUACGUAUAGUUUUUAAGUUUUUUGCAUUUUGGUAUAUUAAAUAUUGGUGAACACAUAUCUGGUGAUAUUCUGUGAUCGUGUUUAGUAAAACCUGUCAAUGUGUACUAACAAGCAUAAACUAUCAAUAAUGGAGUUAUACUCUGCCACAGUGCCCGAGUUUUUUUUUUAACUUGUAUCAAUAAACUAUGAAGCUACAGCCUUCUACUAUUGAGAGUGAUGUACUUUUGAGGGCUUCUUUGAAUGUACUUUAUUAAAACUUUAUUAUUCGUUCUAGUAUUUCAUUGUAUAUAUUUUAGGAUGGUGUCCAAUUGGAUCCAAUUUUUCUGGAACUGCUUGUGUCUUAAAUUCAUAAAAACGUACUUAGAAGGUCGGUUGAAAUAUCUAGAGGUAUUUUACAUAUUGUCCUUUGUUCCAAGUCGAAACUUGGGAAUUGAAGGCUACGUAUUGGCGGACACUCUACAUCAUCCGUUUAUAGUUUUUAUGUUUUGAAUUGAAAGAUUUGGAAACUGAUUAUUUUAACUGAUAUCCUUUUCAUGGCGAAGUUCAACAAUAGCGUGCCAGGAGUACGAAUGCUCCAAUGUCCUUGAGCGCAUGCUAGUCGUUGGCUAACAGCACCUGUCAUUAUCCUAGGCUAUUCACCAACUAAGGAGUAAAUUUCACCCAGAUCACGUCUUUGAGUACUGUUUGGACAAUGUGUUAGUAGCUCGUUAGGAUGAGGAUUAGGGUUAAGUAUUGGGUUUUGGCGUAAGAUUACGGUCAUAAUCGGGAUUAGGGUUAGUUUUACGGUUGGGUUAAGGGUUUUCAUAAGGAUUAAGACUAAGGUUUGGGUUAGAUUAGGGAUAGAUUUAGAGUUGAUGUCAUUUAUUUUAAUUUGUUUUAUUAUCCAUAUUUUCCUGGUAAGUAGUUGUCGAUCUUCUUACUGAAAACCACAAUAAUCCAACCGAUAACUUUUAGGGAAGACUGCACAGUCACCUCGGUAAAUACACGCACAGAAAUUAGUCUAACUUAGCAACUGAUACUCCUAAUUAUAACUGGGACGUAUUUUUAAGUCCUGACAGACAGAUACCCUGCUUAAUGUAUUUUCAUGCAUUUUAUUGUAAAUAUACUUCAUUUUUUGCGCAAAAAUCCCUCAUUUUUAUAAUUUGCCGGCUCAAGGGCACUCGUGCAUUCGCAUAUCUUGGGACGCUGUUGUUGAACUUUGCUCUUUUCAUUUUAACCUAUGCAAUGCCAUUCCGUUUUAAUUGAUAUGUGGAGUAGAGCUUAUUUUAAGAUGUCAGCUAAAUGAUUAAAAAAAUGCUCACCUUUUAAUACAUUACAAAUGACCUGUUAUUUCUAACAUUUACUUGAUAUAAUCCUUAUAUAGUCUUCAUCCUCAGUUCAACCACUUGGAGUGUCUAAAAUUGAAAACACUAGAGAACGUAUUCAACCUACCUCUGUUUCACGCAUUAAAGCUGAUAUUCCAAGAAGCAGUGUAAGCCAAGCUGAAAGGGAAAAGCGUGAACGUAUGCGAGAGCUGGCUGAGUUACGUCGUUCACGAAGACCACCUCUGCCAUUUCCACAAACAAAUACGCCAUCAUCAAAUGCAACUGAAAAUAUAAGCUCAAGCUCACUGGAAUCUCAAUGCAAUGAAGAAUAUAAUACAAAGCAGGAAGAAGAUUUCAUGCUACCAUCGCCUCCAUCACCAUCUGAAAAGAUUCCAACAGCUGAAAAUACUCUAGUUGAUUCAUCACCUUGUACACCGUUGAGUAAUAUUGAUUUACCGCCACCUGAAGAAAUUCAUGAAUUGUGUCAUACAAAGGAGGAUGAACAUGACGAUAAGGAGAAGGAGAAGGAAGAGGAUUGUGCUAAGAAUCAUGAUACCCUUAAAAUGGAUAUUUGUCAUGAGCCUACUGAACCUUCGGCUAGAGAUGAUGAUGAUCUCUGUAACACUCUAACAAAUGAUAAUGAAAAACAGAAGCCAGUGGUAGACAUGCCGGAGAUUUCUGUAGGGUAUGUCAGUCAACAGACAACAAUAGAAGGCCAAGAAGAAGUGGAGAAAAAGGAAAAAGAAGAAGAAGAAGGCCCUCUUCGACCAGGCAUACUUCCACCACCAACUGUUCCUCUUAUUCUACAAAAUAGACAUCCAUAUUAUUCACGACCAAAAAUGGGCAUUAAACGUCGUUCAUCUCUAUCCGAAAGUUCAGUGGAUAAUAUACGUCAACAGAUUCCUCGACAAAAAUCGGUGAAAUUUCUUCAAAGUCCUACAACAACUACUGGUACCAUUACAACUACUUCUGAUAUGAUCAAGAUGAUAAUAGAUGAUACAAGUAAUGAUGGUACUGACUUCACUUGUGAUGAUGAUGAUGCAAGUACAGACGAGAGUACCCAACGUGUUUCAUCCAGUCUGUCUGUUUACUUAUCAGCAAUGCAUAAAUUGGGAUUGGAUCCUGAUGGUGAAAUUGAUUCAGACGUAUAUGAUCCCUCGAUAAAUAGUAUUCUUAAUGAUUUUGGCAGUGAUUCAACAAGUUAUUCAUCUUCGUUAGAUCAUGAUAAUAAUAAAGAAAAUUAUAAUCGAACACAUUUUGCCAAAGAUGAUACUGAUUUGCUGAUAAAAAGUCGUAUGUCACCUGUCUUACCAUUAUGUGAAGCUGAGCGUCGUUUACAGAGAAUGAAAGAGCUGCCUAAAUUAAUACAAGCUGAACGUGCUGUUAUUCUACAGGCAAGUUCUGCAUUGAAACAAUGUGUUGGUAUUAUGUCUAAAAAGGCAUCUUCAGAAGAUAUCAGUAGACUUCGUCGUCAACUUGGCCCUGGUUCUCGUGUUCACGUGGAAGUUAGUAAAACAAUGCUCAUUGCUUGUCAACGUCGUCAAGUGCUCAUGGAGGAACUCGCUCUACUCCAUCAAGGUUCACCAGUACUUGUCCCACCGCCUACUGGUGAUCCAAUACGUGCACGUAUGAAGCUGAGCGCUAUUCGUUUAUCCUUGAAAACAUCGAAUAUACCAAAUGAUCCAACUAGUGGGGGAGGAUUUGUUGUUGUCGAUCCGGAUUUGCUAUACAGUGGUAGUGUUUGGCGUGGUGCUACACCAAGUUCAAAAUCACGUGGGGAUAAUCAUCAUCUGGGUCAACCGACAUGUUAUUAUUUAAUAGCUAUAAUCAAAUGUCGUGGUGAAGGUCGUUUAUAUCAUAGUGAAUUGGUCACUUUAAUGCAUAUAAGUGAUCUCCCCGUUGGAAUGUAUCGACCAGCCACUUAUGUAGACUUACCAGCAAAACUUGAGAUUGUUCCACUUCGACCAAAUUUUGAAUUCCAAUUAGAAAUCUAUUGUAUGCGUACAGGUUCCGAUACACCAAUGCAUAAUCAUCAUGCCUAUGAAUCACCACGUAUAACUACUACUACUACUACUGGUGGUGGGGGAGUAACACUUCUUCACGGUGGUGUUGAUGGUAAUGAUAGUGAACUGGAUGAACCAACGACAAGAUUUAAAUUCCCUACGCCAAGUCAUAAAAAAUCAUUAUUUGGCCACCACCAUAAUCAUCAUCAUCAUGACCAUUCUCGGCAUAUUACAACGACUUCUACAACGCCAUAUAGUAGUAUCGAUGAUGAGGAUAGUAUUGUUAAUAAGCCAUCAACACCGUGUGAAACAGCAGGUCAUGUAUUAACUUACUGUCUACCGUCGUCUUCAUAUCUCAAGGCAACGCUAACACCAAGUAAAUUAUCUGAGCAUAAUAGUCUGCAUACUACUAAACGAGAUAAAAUUCCUGCUUUCUCCUUGAUUUCUUCUGUGGAAAUUCAUUAUCAUGAUGAUUUAUUAGUUGGUUCUAAUUAUGCUGUAUCAAAACAAGACAAAUCACAUCAUACUACUCCUACUACUCCUACUUCUACGAUUAAGAGUAGUCGUUCAACUGUUAAUAGUGCAAACUGUUUAUCCCUCCGCUUGUUACGUCUACCUCGAUCUAGUCCAUUGGCUGGAACUGCUGGAUUAGUGGAUGCCUAUGUCAGUUUGGAGGCGAAAGUAUUAGCACGUGGAUUUAUGACAGUCUUUGAGGAUAUCGGUGGUAUGGGUGUCUGGCAACGGUAUUGGUGUCAAUUACGUGCAGGUUAUCUACACUUUUGGAAGUAUCCAGAAGAUGAAUACGGACGUGGAGGUGAUGGUGGCAACAGCAAUGGAGGAUCAUCAUCUCGUAUCAAUAAUAACAACAAAAACAAUCCAAUGCAUAAUAAAUCCUCUACUUCUAAUCCACCAUUAGGUCGUAUUGACUUGAGACAUGUUGUUUGCCCACCAGGUGCUAUGCUAGCACCACGUUCAAUCUGUGCACGUAGUAAUACACUGUAUAUGCGUUCAUUGCGUGAAAUUGAUCCAACAUGUUUAUCGGCGUCAGUGAAUAAUCUAUCCUCCUCCUCCUCUACAUUGAAUGAUAAGAAGGAUAAGAAAAAUAAGAAGACAAAGGGGGAUACUCAUGGUGGUGGUGUUGAUGUUGGUGCAUCAAAUGAAAGUUUAGUAUUUCGUGCAUCAAAAGAUUAUAAAUGGUUAGAGCAAAAACAUUUACUCUGCGCUGAUACCCCAGAAGAACGUGAUGCCUGGAUCACAUGGUUAAAUGGUUGUCUUGAUUCUCUAAGAGAUUGGAUGCCAGAGCAUUUCGAUUGUCUAUCACGUUAUGAUGCAAGGCUGGAGUUUUCACAACCAGUCUCUUCACAAUUGGGUGCUCUAUUAAUACAUGGAUCACCACCAGCACCAGGAAUCUCAUCGUCAUCAUCAUCAUCAUCGAAGUGA